GUGAAAUUUUAUUUUUGGUUGUUAAAAAACACUUGGGAGUAUGUUCAAUAUUGUUUUGGGUUUUGAUUACAUGGAUAGAUGUCUGAAUUGCCAAGCAGUCAAUACUAGAAAAUGGCAUUGCUGCAGUCUGAGAACUGUUCCAGUUGGAUGUUGAGAAAAUUUGAGGAGAUGACCCAGGUAUAUUCUAAGGUAGGACCAUUUUGAUUCAGUUUCUUCAUUAUGCUAUUUUCUUUCUGAACAGAUUGCCCUAGCUAGUUAAUCUUGAGUAUAGUUUGUAAUGCCCCAUGAAUAAUGUGGAGUUGUAUAAUACAAUUGGUUGUCAGAAGUGACUUGUUCCUGGAAUUAAACAGAGAUAAGGGAGUUUUCCCCAUUAAGAUACAUGUCAUGUCAGUCUCUGUCUUUGAGGGGACAAUUCCUGAUAUUGUUAAAAACUAUACCCCUCCUUUUCUUUUCAUAGCAAAUUUCUAAAAUCAAGGCCAAGUGAGUAAUAGAAACUUUGUAAAUAUAAUAAUAAAUCUAUCAAUAGAUUGAUACUGGGACAUCUCUGAGUUAUUAUAAUAAGAUCUAAGUAUGAAAAAUCUUACAAUUUUAAUCUUUAUUUGUCAUCAAAUUAUAAUAUAGGGAUGAUAUCCUCCUAAAGGGGGCAUUAGACAAAGUAAUAAAUCAAAGAUGUAAUGGAAAGUUUUUCAUUAAAUGGAAUAGUAAAUUUUGAGAAAUGAACAAGAUUAAACUGUUUCCUCUAAGAAUUAUAUACAUAUGUAUAUGUUUGGUUUUCAAAUGUAUCUAUUAGGGAAAUUCAGGUUUUAUGUGUGUUUUUAUAAUGGGUUCUCCAAAUUGGAUUAAGAAUUUUACAUAUAGUUUUCUGGCGGUGAAGAUCUUCCUGUGCCAACAUGCCUCUCCCAAAAGACCUCCUGCACCCUUAUCCCGAGGUGGAGAAGCAGAAACACAAGAAGAAGCAGCUGGUGCAGAGUCCGAACUCAUAUUUCAAGGAUGUAAAGUGCCCGGGGUGCUAUAAAAUCACCACUGUCUUCAGCCACACACAAACAGUGGUUCUCUGUGUGGGAUGCUCCACGGUGCUCUGUCAGCCUACCCGGGGAAAGGCAAGACUUACAGAAGGAUGUUCCUUCAGAUGGAAACAGCACUAAUGACUGCAUCAAGAUGAUUG